AUGCCAUCUGUCGUAACCGUCUUUGUGACAUCAGAGGGAGUCAGCUCGGAACGGAGAUUCGAUAAGGGCAUCACUAUUGCCACAUUAAAGGAACGAUUAGAGCCAAUUACAGGCGUUCCAGCAUCUACAAUGAAGAUCAAUUUAUAUUCCCAAACGGAUGUCUUGAUGGGCAAUCUGUCUGAAGAUGAACGGAUGUUGGGCUUUUAUCCUGUUGCUGAUUUCAUGCGCUUGGAUGUCGUGGACUUGAAUCCAUACAAGACGAAAAACCUAUACACGGAUGUCUCUGCUGUAGAAAAGUUUGAGAUUACUGAUCAAGAUUAUUCUAAACGAUCUGAUUCGGUUCGAGCAUUCAUGAAACAAAACAAGAUGGGCAAAUACUCUGAUGAGGCGAACAAGCCACCAGAUCAUGACUUGUAUGCGAAUGAGGCUUCACAGAUACCACUGGAUAGUAGAUGUGAAGUGGAUGGAGAAUAUGGGGUUGCUAAGAGAGGGGUUGUGAGGUUUGUUGGACGAGUGGAAGGCCUCAAACCGGGAUUCUUUAUUGGUGUAGAGUAUGAUGAACCUGUUGGCAAACAUGAUGGAACCGUCAAGGAUGUACCAUACUUCAAAGCUAAACCCAAGCAUGCUUCAUUUGUGAGGCCAGAUAAAGUGAGAGUUGGGGAUUAUCCUGAGAUUGAUAUUAUGGAUGAAGAUUUUGAUGAAAUGUAA